AUGGGUUCUUUAAUCACUGAACAACAAGUCACCAUCACCUCCUUCGAGGUUAUCGAUCUUCGAUUUCCAACGAGUCUCGAUGGUGUCGGUUCCGAUGCAAUGCACGUUGGCACCAACGGCUCGCAUCCAUACAUUCGGUUAAAUACAAAUCACAAUGGCUUGGUCGGAGAAGGAAUUGCUUUCAGCAACGGACGCGGUAGCGAAUUGAUAUGCAUGGCCCUCGACAUUUUUGCACGCCGUGUCGUCGGGAAGACCAUGCACGAGCUCACACGAAAUAUGGGCAAGACAUGGAGGUAUAUGGUCUCAGAUUCGCAAUAUCGAUGGAUCGGUCCAGAGAAGAGCGUUACACAUCUGGCUGUUGCCGGAGUCCUAAACGCAGUUUGGGACCUUUGGGGCAAGAUCCUGGGCAAGCCUGUGUGGCAGAUUGUGUGCGAAAUGACCCCCGAGCAAAUAGUGCAAUGCAUCGAUUUCCGAUACAUAACCGACGUUAUCACCCCGGAAGAGUGUAUCGAGAUGCUCAAGAAAACUCAAACGAACAAAGAUGCGCGGCUGAAGGAGGCCUUGAACAACAUUGCAGUUCCUGCCUAUACUACCUCCGCGGGAUGGCUCGCCUUUUCUGGUGACCGGAUGAAAGAAGUGCUAGAAGAAACCAUUGCAGCUGGCUUUACCGUCUUCAAGUUCAAGGUUGGUACUAGCGUUGAGGCAGAUAGAGAGAGGUUGGCUGCGGUUAGAGCAGUUCUAGGAUAUGACAAAGGGUAUCAAAUCAUGAUCGAUGCGAAUCAGGUAUGGAGUGUUCCAGAGGCCAUCGAAUACAUGAAACAACUAGUCGAGUUCAAACCGGUAUUUAUCGAGGAGCCCACAAAUCCUGACGAUGUCCUUGGCCACGCAGCCAUCCGAAAGGCUCUCAAACCAUACGGCGUUGGAGUAGCGACUGGAGAGGCUGCACAGAAUCGUGUCACAUUCAAACAGCUGCUGCAAGCCGAGGCAACAGAUGUGUGCCAGAUUGAUGCAGUCAGGCUUGGUAGCGUUAAUGAAUGCCUCGCUGUCAUGCUCAUGGCUCUGAAGUUCAAUGUACCCUGCGUUCCGCAUAAUGGAGCAAUGGGAUUGACAGAGCUGACUUCCCACUUGAGCACAAUCGAUUAUAUUGCUGUUAGCGGGCGUAAGUCAAUGCUCGAGGCUGCUGAUAGUCAUCGGGAAAACCUGCGUCAUCCCUCCGUGAUUAAGGAUGCCCACUAUGUCACUCCGCUCGCUCCUGGAUAUUCAACCGGGUAUACCGAAGAAGCGCUGGAAAAAUACACAUAUCCCACAGGCAGCUUUUGGAGUAGCGACAUUGGCAGAGAAAUUAUCGCACAACCGACUGGUGGCGAGCUAUAG